AUGACUACCAUGACUUGGCUCGACAUGCUGCAAAAGCGACUGAGAAUCGAUAUUGAUUGCGUGGAUCCCGCCGAAGCAAGGCGGUUUCUUCCCUUCAAACCGCACGACCAAACAAGCAAUCAGCGCCUGAUCUUUGAGCAGAUCACAGCUCCCCAGAACCGCAAGCUCCUCUUGAAAACUGUCAAAGAGGGUGGAGAGGAAGGAUGGGAAGUCAUCCUCAACCGAAUGAGCGCGCUCCUGUGCGCGAAGAACAUUGACAACAUUGAGGGUCGUGUACUUCUGCAGUCUUCCGCCGCAUAUGCUUACGACACGGACAAGAUCGUCGCCCACGCUCGCGCAUACGUUCAAGAGUUGGAGAAGCUCGGAGUGUCCAAGGAUCGCAUCUGCAUCAAGAUCCCAGCCACGGGCCCCGCGCUGAAUGCAAGCCCCAUCUUGCUCGAGGAGGGUAUUCGGACGCUGGCCACGUCGAUUUUCUGCGUGGCGCAAGCGAUUGCGGCCAGCCAAGCCAAGUGCUUGUCCAUUAGCCCAUACUAUAACUUUCCCUGGUUCCACAUGGACCGGACGCAAUGGCCUGAUGUACAAGAUCCGGCUCUGCAACAUCCAAUGUCUCCACGUCUUCUGCAGAUCCGACAGGUCUAUGAUCGCCUUCGGGAGGAAAUCGGUCUGGAACAGCCCCUGAUGAAACCUGCAAGUUUCAUUUCCGCCAAAGAAGCCAUGGCCAUGGCCGAGCUGGGCUGUGAGCACGCCACCAUUCCAGAGGACAUUCUUUUGCAACUCUCGGAGCUCGACACCAAGUCAGCGCCUCCUCCGGGUUCCGCCUGGUUCGCCGACAAUAGAUUGCCAUCUUAUCGUCUGGCACAUCUGCUGAAAAUGGAUGUCUUGUCCGGGGACCUCUGGGAUGGCAGACUGCCCUCCACGGGCGUGGACUAUCUAGCCAACAAUGGCGCCAAUCUGACCAAGGUGAUUGAGGCCGAUACAGUGACCAGGGAGGGUUUGCACUUGGCAUUGGAGGCCUUCCUCGAGAACGAGAGUCAGAGUCGCGCCGCAAUCGAGGAAGCGAUCAGACAACUAUGCGCUGAGACUUCUGAUGUUUGAAGGAGCGUCUGUAGCCAAACGCCGGCGAAGAUGUCAAUGGUAGCCAGGCAAGAAGUCGAUACUCAGUCAGAAAUUUAUGAUCGUAUCCAAAGACAGCCACCAUCACUGUGACAAAAAGUGAGUCGGUGCCUUGCGUGUCUUGGGGGCAAGGAGGUGGCGGAUACCCUGCAAACCCAUCCAGCUCCGG